GCAGCGGCAGAGCGGGAGCCGCCGCGCCACGCACAGCCGCUGCAGCCGGAGCCGCCGCGCCGAGACUCGCCGCCGCCGCCAAGUUAUAUGAAAAAUCUGGCGUCACCAUGAGCGGAGUAUUGAAAAGGAAGUACGAAGAGUUGGGGGAUGACAAUACCUACUGCUCCUCCUCCUCCAGCUCCCCACUCUCCUCCUCAGCAUCAUCAGGCUGGGAGUCAGAUGAGGAGAGCUCCCAUGGAGAGCCUAAGCCUACCUCUGCCUUAACACCCAGCUUCACCCCCACUUCUAUCCUGAAGAAAUCCAAACGGCUAAAGAAGAACAAUGUGGAGUUUGACCGGGUCACUGUGUUUUACUUCCCACGCUGCCAGGGCUUCACGAGCGUGCCUAGUCGUGGGGGCUGUACCCUGGGGAUGGUGAGCAAACACAGCUCCUCUCGGCAAUUCACACUGGCUGAGUUUUCAAAGGAGCAGGAAAACAUUCGUCGGGAGAAACUGGAAGAGAAAUUAAAAGAGGAGAAGUUGGAAGCGUUGAAAUGGAAACUAACGAUGAAUGGCACAAAGGAGUCAGAGGAGGCCAACCAGCUCACCAUCGAAGACAUCUCUGAUGAUGACAUUGACGUCAGCAACAUGGACCUGGAGGAUGGCUUCUUCCUCCAGCCCUACCCUGCCAAGAAGAGACGCGCACUGCUCAAGGCCGUGGGGGUGAAGAAGAUCGACAAGGAGGAGAAGAGGGAGCUGCAUAGCAUCCGCCUGUCCCGGGAGGACUGCGGCUGCGACUGCCGCGAGGUCUGCGACCCAGAGACCUGCAGCUGCAGCUUGGCAGGCAUUAAAUGUCAGAUGGAUCACACCUCCUUCCCCUGCGGCUGCACCAAGGAUGGCUGUGGCAACACAGAAGGCAGGAUCGAGUUCAACCAGGCCCGCGUGCAGACCCACUUCAUCCACACCAUCAUGAAGCUGGAGCUGGAGAAGCAGCAGCAGAGCAGCGAGAAGGUGGCGGAGGCCGAGCCCCCUUUCCGGGAGCGGCUCCAGCCAUUGAAAGGCUCCUUGGAGGAGCGUGCACUGCCACUGGCCCCUGCCUUCCAGUUCAGCCCUGACCUGGAGGCCCUGGGGGAGAACAGCUGCAGCAGCGACAUGACAGACUCCUCCAUCUCCUCCCACCCCAGCGAGGACCUGGAGGAACCCUACGAGAGCCUGCCCUCUGACAAAUCCCAGUCGGACGUUGAUGAUGACGGCCUGGCACGUAUCCUCCACUUCAACGACUCAGAUGCUGAGGAAGAGUGUGGCCGUGGCCAGGAUGACCUCAGCUGCUUCCACCCCACCGACUUCUUCAUUGAGGACCACAGCAGCGAGGCCAAGCCUGUCCCCAGCCACUUGUCCCACCUCUCUGAGUGCCUGGACGAGAAUGCCAACCAGGAGAGUGGUGGCUUGCCGGAGGACACUGCCCAUGCACGCUGUGACGGACUGUCCUGCUGCGCCUUGUCCCCUGCUGAGCCCUGCUCCAAGAGCUAUGCCGACCUCAGCCUUUCCUCUGACUCCGUGGAUUUCUUCCAGUCCUUUUCAGACUAUAACUUGGGACCCCUUUACAACUCCUUGAAGGAGUACGAGAACCUAGAUAACUUCUCAGCGUUACAAUUUCAGUUGCCUAAUUUCCCUGGCUUCCCGCAAGCUGGAGAUCAGGGCUCUUGUUUCUUGGAGUCCCUCAUCGGUUUGUCUGAAUCCGUCCCUGAAACCCCAGCCCCCUUCACAGACAAUCAACUUUUGGAGGAUGCCAUCAAGUCAUCACUGAUGGAGACGGUGAAAGUGUGAAAUGCCUGUAUGGCUCCUGUAAAUGAGGAUUGGCGCUGGAAGGAGAACUGAAGAACAGUUGGACAGUCAAACUCUCACUGAGGAUGAUGCGCUAAUCAAAAAAUAAGGA